AUGCAUGAGCCUUCAGAGACACACGGCAUCGCCGCAUUGUCGUUGCCUACAGCGAGGGACAGCGAGGAACAUACGACCAUUAUAGCCGAGACCAAGUCAGAUAUUGACAAUGAUGGAGCUUCUAGCAUCCCUACUGAUGAUGAACAUGACCCGGAAGAUAUCCGUCCGCGUUUAGAGCGCCAGUCGACGGAGAUCGGUCCUCCCAUCAAGGUCGCCCGACUCAAGCGCAGAGGUUUAUUUGGUCAAUUGGCUAUGGUGGCAGAGGUUGAGGAUCCAAAGACAUACCCUCGCAAAAUGAAAUGGUUCAUCACAUUCAUUGUUGCGGUUGCUGGAGCCACAGCGCCAAUGGGCAGCGCAAUCUUCUAUCCUUCACUAUCUCAGGUAACCAAGGAGUUGAAUACGACAACCACCAUCACGAAUUUGUCAAUCGCGUUGUACAUGCUGGCAAUGUCGAUAUUCCCAUUGUGGUGGUCGUCAUUUAGCGAGCGACUUGGACGACGGACCAUUUAUCUGGCUUCCUUUGCUCUUUUCAUUGUGUUCAAUUGCCUUUGCGCCAUCUCAAACUCCAUCGGAAUGUUGAUCGUUAUGCGGAUGCUGAGUGGUGGCGCCUCUGCUUCUGUUCAGGCUGUUGGUGCUGGCACCAUCGCCGAUCUUUGGGAUUCCAGGGAACGAGGACGGGCCAUGGGUAUCUUUUAUCUCGGUCCGUUGUGCGGACCUUUGUUUGCACCCAUUUUUGGUGGUCUUCUAGCUCAGCGCUGGGGAUGGCGGAGUACCCUGUGGUUCCUCUCGGCCUUUGGUGCUCUCACGCUGAUCUUUAUCUUGUUCGCCCUCCCCGAGACGUUGACUGUGCACAAGCCCGUGCUACCUGCCAUUGACGAUGAGGGGGAUCUGGCUAUUAACCGUUCCUUGAGUCGAGUCUCAUCGCGACAGGUUGCUCGUUCCACUGCCAGGUGGUUGAAGACUUUGAAGAUGGUCUUCAUUGAUCCACUGAAAAUCAUUCUCUACCUCCGCUUCCUCCCUGUCCUUCUUACUGUUUACUACGCCAGUAUUACCUUCGGUUCCCUGUACGUCCUCAAUAUCAGUGUCGAAUCAACCUUCGGAAGCGCGCCAUACAACUUCUCGACCAUUAUCGUUGGCUUGAUGUACAUUCCAAACUCGUUGGGUUACAUGGUAGCCAGUAUAUUUGGUGGCAAAUGGAUGGACAGCAUCAUGCAACGGGAGGCGAAGAAGGCCAACCGAUAUGACGAAAAAGGUAGACUGAUACUACGACCCGAAGACCGAAUGCGCGAGAAUGCCUGGGCCGGUGCUUUGCUCUAUCCCGCAGGCCUGAUCUGGUACGGUUGGGCGGCUGAGAAGGGGGUCUAUUGGCUUGUCCCGAUGAUAGCCAAUUUCUUCUUUGGCAUAGGUUCAAUGCUUAUCUUUAGUAUGGUGACUACUAUGCUCACCGAGUUCAUGCCGAAAAAAUCCUCGGAAGGAGUAGCUCUGAACAAUUUCAUGCGAAACAUCUUCUCUUGCGUUGGCUCUCUUGUCACAGCCCCGAUCAUCAACGGCAUCGGCAAUGGAUGGCUCUUUACCAUUCUCGGCCUUGUGGGCCUCACAAGCAGCAUUGUCAUCUUCUUGAUGAGAGUCAAGGGCCCUAAAUGGAGGAUAUCAAUGGAUGCACAGAUGCGCACAUGA